GGGGGCCCCGUAAUGCAUUCUGCAGAGCGAGGAACAGACCGGGCAGCACACGAUCCUUUCCCGCAAGCGAGCAAAUCCCAGCUCUGCCUUCGGGCUGCCUGAGAGCGGCUCCUGCGGCUCUGUGCCCUCGCCUUGCCCGGCCGGGCGGCAGGUAGCCCACGAGCCGGGCACCGGCCCCCCCUGGCAGCAGCAGCAGGAGGAGGAGUUUCCGUGACCAUUGCAAACACCCCUCCCGGCCAGACCCGCCUUGGUGCCGCGGCCACCGGUCCCAGCAGCGCUCUGGGGCUGAGCAGGUGGAGGGACGGGCUGGCAGCACCGGCCUUGGCCCUGGACUGCAGGAUGAAGAUGGACUGGCUAACUCAGCGCUGCCAGCUGCCGGCCGCCCAGAGCUGCACCCGUCCGGGAUGCUUCACUUUGCUGCUGGUAAUAACUCUGUCUUUACUGAUGUACCCCGUGCUGAAGAGUCUAGGUCUUCAGCUGCACUCUGCAGUCACUGGCAGCUAUAUCUCGGGAACCCAUUCCAUUGCUUUCAUUAACUGUCCCAAUGAACAAGUUGCAAAGGAUAUUGCAAGGGCCAUUAUGGAUAAAAAGCUGGCUGCCUGCGUGAAUAUCCUGCCGAAGGCCUCGUCUAUGUAUUUUUGGGAAGGAGAAAUAGAAGAAGCCACUGAAAUACUUCUAUUAGUGAAAACAAGGACGUCAAAAAUAAGUGAAUUAUCAGACUACAUCAGAUUCCUGCAUCCUUUUGAGAUUCCUGAAUUUAUCAGCCUGCCUAUAGACCAAGGAAACCCCCUCUAUUUAAAAUGGAUUGAAGAAGGUGUCUCCGAUGACUAGCUGGAAUGCACCAUUCUGUCCUUCUCCAGACAUACCCAGCGUUUCCUUCCUGUCAGGGGUAGAGGACAUUUGCUUUGGCGCUCUAGUCUUUUCUCACUGCAGGCGGGACUGGUGCAUACAUACCGAGGGUGAUAAAACCCCAAGGGAAUGUAGGUAGCACAGGUGCCUGGGAUUUGGAAUUUGCCUCCUACUUGAAAUACAGUUUAACGGACACUCCUCAUUUGUGUAAACCUAAGUUCUACUGAGCAUUUAGCUACACAUCGUAAGUAGAGCCCGAAGCGGAGAAAGGGCACAUGUUGUCCAAGAAUAGUUCCAAAGUUGUGAACAGUGGAGUUUGCAAAGGUGUGUGUGGUGGGAUGUGAGCUCCUAGGGAGACUCUGGCUAUUUAUAGGACCAGAGGGUGAAAAUGCACAUGACAGGGCCCCAGCAACACAAUCCACGGAGAAGGAGCAGAGUUCCAGUCCACAGGCUGUCAGGGUUUGGCUGCACUGCAGAGGAAGCAUACGCAGCCCCAGUGACGGUGAGCAGGGGUGACCAUUGGUCUGUCUGCCCCCUGAAGAAGGGUUGCGGCAAAGCAGGGGAACCAAAGAUGGGGAAGGUCCUGCCGAGCCCUCUGCCCCCCUGCCCAAAUGAAUGUAAAUCAGGAUGCAGCAAAACAUCCCAUGAUGCACCAGCUCACAUCAUCUCCUGCUGUGCAGCACCAUUUGCAGCAACAUGUUGCUUUGUAUCCUGACAGGGCAGCCGAGGCAGUUUACCAACAGCCAGCCAUUCAGAGUGCGGCCCACUGAACAUUUGUGAAAGGAUCCCGGGCAGCGCAAACAAGGACCCACUGGGGUGGGACUGGGGGACGCAGCUGACAAUAGCCUACUGCUUCUGGGAAGAGCACAAAGAGUUAAUGCUCCCCAGAGCGUAUAGCGAUGCCUAAAGGCAGCAGGGAUCCAGUGCAGGCCUGUGCCAACAUUGCCAGGCUAAGGAGACAAACUGACAUACCUGGUCCCAACAAAAGCUUCCCUCUGACUAAAGCAAAUGCUUUUUCUCCCUUGGCAGCCUGUAACACUGCAAACAGAGGCACAGGCUUGUAAAUUAUGGAGCACUAUGUAGUAAUUGAUGCAUCUGAAACAGACGCGUUUCUUACUCCUGAUGCCUGGUUUGCUCUUAGACUUUUGUGGUUAUGAAAAGGUCAGUUGGGCCAAGAGGGGCAGUCCUGCUCUGGCAUUGAUCUUCCAGGGAAAUGUGUGUGCGGGAGGGGGUGGAUUCUGCAGCAUGCUUUGCCCUCGAGUACGUGGGCCAAUGUUGGCAGUGAAGCCACCAGGAAAGAGGGGUCCCUUUGAGAAGGAUGAGGACUUUUGGACAUUGUACUGCCAAAAUGUUGGCUGUGGGUGACAACUACAGCCUGGGCCUGCUCUUGCUCCCAUUGGUCAGUUCUGCCAGCGGUUUAUUAAUUCACGUAGGGGCUGAUCUAAAGCCGAUUGAAGCCAAUGAGAGUCUCUCCAUUGGCAUCAGGGGGCUUUGGCUCAGGCCUGUGGUGCUGCUGGUGGGUGUAGCACUUUGCAGGUGUCAGUUGAUGUCUCUGCCCUGAAUGUAAAGUAUUCAGUUAGCACACAAAGACCUCAGCAGUGCUGUGGGGUGGGAGGACAGUUCAUGGGAUGAUAAAACUGAGGGAGCAAGGGGCCAAUAGGAAGGGGAAGGGGUCUGUAAUGAGAGCAGAAAUUGGGUCACUUGAAGCUGUGUUUAAAAUCAGAUUAACCCUAAGGAAGCAGAACCGGGCUGGCCUUGCUGGAAUUGCUUGGCAGACGCUAUCAGGGCUGAGGCAAAGAAUGCAGCGCUGGAGAAUGCCUGACCACUGGAACCACCGCUGCAUGCAUCUGCCAGUCCAAGAGCACUUUAAAUGAAGCCUGGCUCUAGACACUGAAGGAGAGCCAUCCCCCGCUCAGAGAUGGAGUAAAGUGUGUGGAGCCUGAAGGGCUCUACUCCCUUGAAGCCAAAGACAUAUUAGAGCAAGUCGGGGGAGGAAACUUGCACGGUCUGAAAUUAAUUGAGAGAUGUGCCCAGGAGUAGUGACAUCACUCUCCCUGUGCUCAUUAUCACCUGCAACAGCUCCUACCAACUGGUGUCACUCGAGAUUUCUCUGGCAAUUUGCUGUGGUUUUAAAUGGGCCCUGGAUGUGCUAAACUGCGGAAUUAAAGCUAAUUUGCAGAGAAAUGGCCAGCAACCUGAAAAUGGGAGAGAGAUUAUUAGUGGGGUUGAAGGGCAGAUUGGCCAGGUCUAUUUGUUUUCUAGUAUCAGUUUAUUUUUUAGGUCCUGUGAACAUUCCAGUGCAAAAUGCAAUUAGUGGGAUACUGGCAGAGCACUUGGAUAACACCCUUGCUCCUGCAAAAAAGGAGCCAUUAGCUGUUUAAUGAGCACAAGUGAGCAGGAUCGCUGUUUGACAUCACAGCCAAAGUAAAGGUCUAUCUAUACCUUGUCAGAUUUGUACCGUGAACCCUGCAAAUUGCCUUAGAAUUUCAUGGUGAAAUAAAAUGUCCUAGGGCAGGGACAUUUUAACGGGUGAGUCAUUUAAUAGUCUGACUGUGAGGAAACGCUCUGGGGCACUUAGCUGACAUAGGAGCUUUGCAGCGACGUAGUUGAAGAGUUCAUGGUACAUUCACACAGCAGGCCAGCCUCACAGCAUGUCAAGGAUGGACUGGACUAUGGAGAUUGAGCAGUUCUGCUGGUGCCUCGAUCCUGAACAAGAGGCCCUGAUUGCUGCUCCCUCCACUGCCGCUGUUUUAAAGCCCGGGAGGAUGUCAGACUCCAGGGCUGUCAAGCCAGCAGCUCAGGACAAAACUACAUCCCUGCUCUGUAAAGAGUUGCCCUCUGCCCUGUGCCCUAGAUACAUGUUAAAGAAAAGCACAAAACAGUCUGAAAUAAACUCGAGUAAUUCUGUCUCCCCAGCUCCUGGGGUCCAAACUGGGUGUGAGCUUACUCUUUAAACUCAGAGUGAAAUGCUGGCUCUUUAAUGGUUAAAAUACCUCAGCUCCGUUCAGUUCAGUGCUCCCUUUAAGGUCCUCUUGCCUAAUGGUCUAGUUUAAAGGAUUUUCCACAUUUCUUAGCCUCUUGGACCAGAGCUAUGCAGACUAAUCCUGUUACAGCACAAAGCGCAUGAGUGCUGCUGUAAAUCAGACGCCUCCUCUCCAAAAUGCUGCAUACAUAAAGCAUGCAGGAUACAGUAUGAUAAUCCAGGAUAGGAAAAAAAUGCAUCUCUAAUCUGCUCCUUUUCAUCAGCUGACAGAAUUCUAGCUCACACACCACAAGGAAACAGGGCUUUUGUUUCUUUUAAUAGGAUAUGCGACGUCAUUGUUGAUUAUAAACAUUGAAUUCCCCCAAGCUGAGAACCAGGUCUUUCCACGCUGGCCUUUGUUUUACAGCUAGAAAAUACACAAACAAACAGCAUAUUUAGUAAUACUGGCUACAGCCCCUUGCACCGCUGGAGUCCUGUCAGAUAUUACACCGCUAAGCAGGGUCACGCUGGGUCACAGAACUACCAAGAGCCCCUUGGCGCCCCGGGGAGCGAUGCUGGGAAUUCAGCGGGUGGCAUGCCAUCUUCUGAGUCAAUGUGCCCUCAUAGUGAUAGUGGGACAGCUGGGCUGCUGCUGUUCAGAUGAAUCAUAAAACCACGGUCCUGACCACUUGUAAUUAAAGAGCCCACGACCCUUUUUGUUCUAGCCCAAGUGUCCGAGCCAAAUUCCAGUAUGGGUUCCAUCGGGUUUCCUAAUGCCUCCGGCUGCUUCUGUUGGACUCCUGUAUAUUAUUUUUAUUUCAAAAGUAUGUAUUCAUGAGCUGUUGGCUGCAAAUACAUGGACACUCUUUAAAAUGCCAUAUUGAAAAAAAAAAUUCUAGCUACCUUUAUCGCCACAGUAGGAUUAACCCUAGGUUAAUCAGCUGUUUAGUGCUAGAAUAAACUGGUUGUUACAUUCUGGCUCCCUCAAUACCCCCUGUAGAAUAAAUUGGAUAUUAGUGUACCGACAGCCAGCUGCGACCUGACGUUGUCGUCACCGCCGAGGCCCAGAAAAAGAUCAUCCUCAUCGACGUCACGGUCUCCUUUGAGAACAGGACCCCGGCCUUUUGCGAAGCCCAAGCUCGUAAGCUGGAAAAGUACACCCCCCUGGCCGACACCCUGAGAGCAAAGGGCUACGAGGUGCAGAUGGACGCCUUAUCGUCGGGGACCCCUGCAACGAGCGUGUGCUGCUGACCUGUGGGAUCGGUUGACACUACGCAUGGCUCAUGCGGCGCCUUAUGGUCUCGGACACCAUCCGAUGGUCCAGGGACGUCUACAUCGAACACAUCCCCAGCCACUGACAGUACCAGGAGGUGUGAGCCAGAACGACAUCAUGCAUCAACUAUGAGAAAGGGACCAAGAGACUUUUUCCAUUGGACCAUAUGAACUGGAACCAUAAACUCACUGAACAUUAAAUCUCACUAAAUGAGGGUAAUCCAUCCUCAUCAUCGUAUCCACUCAUUAUACUCCACACCUGAACAUACCCCCAUAUCUCAAUGUCUGUACUUUCACCCAUUAACCUUUUACCCCCACUUGGGGAUAUGGCAGAUUAUGUAUACCUUACGCCAUCCAAUCCUAAACCUAAUUUUGCACCCCUUGAUAAUCUGUACCUUAUUCCUGGAUAACCAGAAACUUCUAUGCUUAAACUCUGUACCAUUUUAACAUCAUCUUAAUAAAAUUCUUAAUUCUUUA